AGCUAAAUGAAAAUGUUGCUCUUAUUCGCUUACAGGAUCCGAAACGACAAGACUGAUAAAAGUUCUAAAUAUGAUUAAUAAUACUUUUUGUUGCUUCUGUCUGCUUAUCACUGCGAUCUGGUACGAUUAGCCUGGUCUGCCCUAUGUGUUGUGGAAGUCGGCGAUCCUUUUUGGGUGUCUCGCUUUGGGUGUCUCACAGAUGUUUUGAGAGAGGAAGAACUGGGGAGAGUGAUGAGGAAUUCAUAACGGAACAGGAGGGUAUAUGACAUGGCAGCAGAUGACAAAUCGUCGUCUUCAUCCUCAACAGACUGGAGCAUUGACCCGCCUGUCCUCUCUCCCACCAGCCCUUCACAUCUGACACAAUUUAAACCUCUGACACCGGAGCAGGACGAGCCUCCCCUCCGAUCUGCAUACAGCUCAUUUGUCAACUUGUUUCGAUUCAGUAACAAAGAGGAGGGGCGGCCUCCCUCCUCUGUUGCAGAAAAAGCAGAUGUGCCGUCACCUUCCUCUCAUUCUGAGAGGAGGAGCUGGUCUGUCAGUCCUUCCCUCUCAGGACAUGGAUCCAGGUCCAACCGGAAACAGCGCUCUGACCAUCUCCGACGCACCUCCACCGCCUCAGAUGGCAGUAGAAAGUCUGACUCCUCUCUCAGCACUCAUGAUCCCCGCACUGCUGUGCAGCUCAGAACAGCACUGAAGAGGCUUAAAGAGAUAAUGGAGGGGAAGAGUCAGGACAGUGAUCUGAAGCAGUACUGGAUGCCCGACAGCCAGUGCAAGGAAUGUUAUGACUGCAAUGAGAAGUUUACAACGUUCCGUCGGCGUCACCACUGUCGUUUGUGUGGGCAGAUCUUCUGCAGUCGCUGUUGCAAUCAAGAAAUUCCUGGAAAAUUUAUGGGAUACACAGGAGACCUCCGUGCCUGUACAUACUGUCGUAAACUGGCGCUUAACUAUGCUCACUCUGCUGAGUCUGGCUCCAUUGGAGAAGACCUCAGCGUUUUAUCAGACUCCUGCUCCAUCAGUGUGCUGGAGCCCAGCGAGCCUCGCACUCCUGUUGGAGGGCGCAAAGCCAGCAGGAACAUCUUUCUAGAGGAAGACUCCACCUGGCAGAGAAAAACUCCUGUUGGGAUGAGAAAGACUAUGCUUCACCAGGAACCUCAAAACGCUGGCCUUAACUCCAGACUCUCCACACUGCAAGAAGACAUUGGAAAAUCCCCUGCAAGGAAGAGGUCUGCAAGUGUGACCAAUCUAUCUCUUGAUCGCUCUGGAGGGACUAUGGGGCCUUCCUACGAGAGUGCAGUCAGCCCACCUCCCAGCCGUGCCAUCUCUGCCUCCAAAAGUGGCUCCAAAAUGGACCACCGGGAAGAAGAAGAAAGAAAAAUCCUACUGGACUCCUCUCAGCUUAAGGAAUUGUGGAAGAAAAUCUGCCACAACAGCACUGGCAUGGAGUUUCAGGAUCAUAGAUACUGGCUGAGGACCUACCCAAACUGCAUUGUGGGAAAAGAGCUUGUCAACUGGCUACUUAGAAAUGGUACCAUCUCCACCAGAGCUCAGGCAAUAGCUAUUGGCCAAGCGUUGGUGGAUGGUCGAUGGUUGGACUGUGUCACCCAUCAUGACCAGCUGUUUCGGGACGAGUAUGCUCUCUAUCGCCCUCUUCAGAGUACAGAGUUCUCUGAAACGCCUUCUCCAGACAGCGACAGUGUAAACUCCAUAGAGGGACAGUCUGAGCCAUCCUGGUUCAAAGAUAUUAAGUUUGAUGAUAGCGACACAGAGCAGCUUGCAGAGGAGUACACCAUGCCUAAUUCGGCCAGCCCCAGUAAGAGGACAUCGGUCAGCAGUUUCCACUCAGUGGUGGACAGUGAUUCUGCUGCCUCCAUAAACCUCAAUAUGGAACAAAACAAUGUGAACUUCCACAUCAAGAAACAGGCUAAAUAUCCACAUGUGCCAGUUUCCACUGAGCAAAAAGCUGCAGCUGAAUUUCUUGUUUCUGAGGAUGGAGGACAGAACAUUGUCAUAAGUGAUGCCUUCAUUCAAGAAUCUCUCUUCAAUCGACGUGUGGAGGAGAAGGCAAAAGAAAUGCUGUUCACUCCCCUGGGCUGGCACCACAGUUCACUGGAUCAACUCCGAGAAGAAAAUGGAGAGAAGAAAGCCAUGGAGAGGCUGCUUUCAGCCAAUCAUAGCCACAUGAUGGCGCUGUUGCAGCAGCUGCUGUACAGUGAGUCCCUGUCUCUAUCUUGGCGGGACAUCAUAGUCCCUGUUGUGCGGCAGGUAGUCCAGACUGUUCACCCCGAUGUCCGCAACUGUGACGAUGACAUGGAUAUCCGCCAGUUUGUUCACAUUAAAAAGAUUCCUGGAGGAAGAAAGUUUGACUCAACAAUGGUGAAUGGUUUUGUGUGCACCAAGAACAUAGCUCAUAAAAAGAUGAACCCAUACAUCAAGAAUCCCAAAAUCUUGCUAUUGAAGUGCUCCAUAGAGUAUCUGUACAGGGAAGAGACCAAGUUCACCUGCAUUGAACCCAUAGUGCUACAGGAGAAAGAGUUCCUGAAGAACUAUGUGCAGCGGAUAGUCGAUGUGCGUCCGAACCUGGUGCUGGUGGAGAAGACGGUGUCGCGAAUAGCACAGGACAUGUUGCUGGAACAUGGCAUCACUUUGGUUAUCAAUGUCAAAGCGCAAGUGUUGGAGAGGGUCAGCCGUAUGACCCAGGGCGAUCUGGUCCUGUCCAUGGACCAGCUUCUGACUAAACCUCGACUAGGAACCUGCCACAAGUUUUACAUGCAGCCCUUUACUCUGCCCAAUGAAGAUGUAAAGACCCUGAUGUUUUUCGAAGGUUGCCCCGCCCAUCUGGGAUGCUCCAUCAAACUCCGUGGGGCCUCAGAGUAUGAGUUGUCCCGGGUGAAGGAGAUCAUCAUGUUCAUGGUGUGUGUAGCCUACCACUCACAGCUGGAGAUCUCAUUCCUCAUGGAUGAGUUUGCCAUGCCUCCAAAUGUUGCUCCGAGCACAUCCUUCCCUUGUCUGCUCGAGGGAUCCACCAUGGAAGAAGAGGAGGAAGAACUGGUACACCAAGAAAGCGAAAGAAAAACUAGUGGAUCUCAGGAGUCUGCUGAUGGGCAGUUAGAAGAGGGCAUAGCUGUAACAGAGGUGGCCAAUAGUGCAGGCAAGUUGAAUGCAAACUCACCCUGUCUGACUCUAUCAGAAAACACAGAUGUCAGGACUUCCUCUCCGUUUUCGAGUCCGCCUGCCCCUCCUUUAUUUGUGUCUCCGCCUUUUCUCCUGGAAGAAGACCAUGACAUGGGUUCUGACACUUUGAUCCGAACCUCUGAAGGAGGAACGGGGGAGGAGGAAAGGGGAGCACUAGAGGAUGGAGAAACUUCAGAGACUUCGACUCCCAAACUGUUCAGGGACCCACUGCAGGAUGAUACAGGGCUGUUUGUGGCAGAGCAGGUGACAUCUUCUGAUGACCGUCUGAAAACCUUUUCCACAACUUUCAAACAGGAGCUAAAGGAUAUUAUACUCUGCAUUUCACCCUUUAUCACAUUCAAAGAGCCGUUUCUUCUGACUCCCCCAGGCAUGCACUGCCCAAGCAGGGACUACUUUCCUGAACAGGUCUACUUAUCCCCGCUCCUGAACAAGGAUCUGAAGGAGCUCAACAGUCGCAGAAAGAAACAACUGCUCAAAGAGGCCUCUCCAUCGUCUGGUGUCAGUGUCCUUAGCAACGGUUCUGCUUCAGUCAAACCUAUGCACAUCCUUCCCAGCCACAGCCUGACCAGCACCCGCAUCACAGAGCAGCUGGGCACCAGUCAGGACCUUGCCAAGAUGCUGGCAGACUACAGGGCAAAGGGAGGGCGAAUCCGACAGAGAGACAACAUCGACCAGUUUGCCAUUCCUUCUGUCAAUGGGCACACCAAAGCUGAAGCGAAAUGCCCAGUCAAAGCAGACAGUGAAGAGGACAAGCCAAGCAAAUCCAAUGACUUAAGCUGGGCUCCUAAACAGCUGGAUUGUCUGAGCCCUGCCAACCAUCAGAGACUGUGUGUCCUCUUCAGCAGCUCAUCAGCCCAAUCCAACAAUGCCCCUAACCCCUGCGUCAGCCCAUGGAUUGUCACAAUGGAGUUUUAUGGAAAGAAUGAUCUUUCUCUUGGUGUAUUUUUGGAGAGGUAUUGUUUUAGGCCUUCCUACCAGUGCCCAAGCAUGUACUGUGAAACUCCCAUGGUGCACCAUGUUCGUCGGUUUGUGCAUGGGAGUGGCUGUGUGCAAAUUGUGCUAAAAGAGCUGGACUCUCCUGUACCUGGAUACCAACAUACUAUAUUGAACUAUUCUUGGUGUCGUAUUUGUAAACAAGUCACUCCAGUUGUGCCUCUCUCCAAUGAUUCAUGGUCGAUGUCUUUUACUAAAUACUUGGAGCUGCGUUUCUAUGGCCAUCAGUACACAAGGAGGGCCAAUGCAGAACCCUGUGGACACUCUAUACAUAAAGAUUACCACCAGUACUUUUCAUACAAUCAGAUGGUGGCUUCUUUCAGUUACACCCCUGUCCGAUUAUUGGAAAUUUGCCUUCCCCGUCCCAAGAUUUUUAUCAGGAACCAAGGGCCAUCCAAAACCAACCUCCAGCAAGACCUUAAGGACUUCUCUCUAAAGAUCGGUCAGGUGUACUUGGCUAUUGACGACAGGCUCACAUCCCUUAAGACCGACACUUUCAGUAAAACACGGGAGGAGAAAAUGGAGGACCUGUUUGCUCAGAAAGAUAUGGAAGAGGCGGAGCUAAGAAGCUGGAUUGAAAAGCUCCAGGCUCGUAUGCAGGUGUGUGGGCCUGACACGCCACAGCAGCUGCAAUCCAUCCUCGAGUCUCUGGUGAUGAAGAAACAGAGUCUGUGUGAGAUGUUACAGUCCUGGAACAGUCGGCUCCAGGACUUAUUUCAGCAGGAGAAGGGCAGAAAACGCUUAUCUGUCCCUCCAAGUCCAGGCAGGCACAGACAGACCACAGCGGAUGACAGUAAGGGUGCUGUGGACUCCUCUCCUCGAAAUCCAUCCCCGGUGGUGCAGAAUGGGGAAAAGGAGGACCGCUACCUGACUCCGAUGCCCUCUGGCUCCUCUUCAUCAGUGCUGCCCUCUCCUGGAGAUCCCAACACUGAGCCAGUCACUCCUGCUCCUUCUUCCACAGAGCCAGACUCUGUUAGCAUCCCUGAAGAUGUGUUCGAUGGGCACUUACUGGGCUCCACUGACAGUCAAGUCAAAGAGAAAUCGACAAUGAAGGCCAUCUUGGCAAACUUCCUCCCUGGCAACAGCUACAACCCGAUUCCACUUCCAUUUGAGCCAGACAAACACUAUCUUAUGUAUGAACAUGAGCGAGUUCCCAUAGCAGUGUGUGAGAAAGAACCCAGUUCAAUUAUUGCCUUUGCACUGAGCUGCAAGGAAUAUAAAACUGCACUGGAAGAUCUAUCGAAGACUUCUAACACAGGGGGAGAUGAAUCUUCACAGUCCAACAGUAGUGCUGGAGAGAAAGCAAAGAGCAGUCCAGCGAGGCCCAAUGAUUCUGCCUCAUCCCAGCAGAGUCGCAGCUCUAUCGAUACAGAUCCACUAAAAGAUGCAGACCUGUCAGACAAGCAGAAGAAACAAACUUCAAAUCCUCACAUUGAGCUGCAAUUCUCUGAUGCCAAUGCCAAGUUUUACUGCCGGAUAUAUUACGCCGAAGAGUUCCACAAGAUGCGAGAAGUCAUCAUGGAAAGCUCCGAGGAGGAUUUUGUCCGUUCUCUGUCACACUGUGUGAACUGGCAGGCCCGUGGUGGAAAAUCAGGGGCAGUUUUUUAUGCAACGGAAGAUGAGCGAUUCAUCCUGAAACAAAUGCCCAGAUUAGAAGUUCAGUCUUUCUUGGAUUUUGCACCUCAUUACUUCACCUACAUAACUGGAGCUACGCAACAAAAGCGUCCAACGGCACUUGCAAAGAUUUUGGGCGUUUAUCGAAUUGGGUAUAAGAACUCCCAGAACAACACAGAGAAGAAACUUGACUUGUUAGUGAUUGAAAACCUUUUUUAUGGACGGAAGAUGGCUCAGGUAUUCGAUCUCAAAGGCUCACUGAGGAACCGUAAUGUGAAGACUGACUCGGGGAAGGAGAGCUGUGAGGUUGUUUUGUUGGACGAGAAUCUGCUGAAGCUGAUCCAUGAUAACCCACUGUAUAUUCGCUCUCACUGUAAAUCCAUCCUCCGGGCUGCUAUUCACAGCGACGCCUACUUCCUGUCCAGUCAUCUCAUCAUCGACUACUCCCUCUUGGUUGGGCGGGACGAUGCCACGGACCAGCUGGUUGUUGGAAUCAUAGAUUAUAUUCGGACAUUUACGUGGGAUAAGAGGCUGGAGAUGGUUGUGAAAUCCAUGGGAGGUCAAGGAAAGAUGCCCACAGUAGUGUCCCCAGAGCUGUAUCGAGCGAGGUUUUGUGAGGCCAUGGACAAGUACUUCCUGAUGGUACCAGACCACUGGACUGGCCUGGGCAUAAACUGCUGAGAGCUGGCAGCAACGGCAUCCCAGUGCAAUACUAUGGACUACAAACAGACACUCCCAAUAGACUUUCUAUGCAGAGUACAAGGCUGAGGAACCACCACACUGGAUUCAUCUUAGAUUAAAACUUGACUAAACGCAGACAGAAACAUUCCACAAGAGCUGCAAUGGAAUUAUUUGAACUGUUUUUUUACGUUUAAUAUUAUACAGUAUUACAAAUAAUUGUUUUUAAUCUGUGCCACAUUUUGGUUUUUCAUGUGGAUCAAAAGGAAGAAGCACUGGUGACAAAUGUUCUGUGGUCCAUGAACUAAUGUGUAAUUAUGUUAUGUAAAUAUACAGAGUCUAUGUAAUAUGUUAACUAUUAAAAUAUUAUUAACACAAAA